AUGGUUUCUCCCAACGCUCCAAAUGAAAAUAUUCUUGGAAGAGAUUUUGAAGAAGUUGAUGUCGAAAUUGGCCUUAAGGAACUUCCAGAGAAGGAAGAACCUAUCCAGAACCUCACCUUCUCUGAGCGCUUAAGACAUUUCACCUAUGCCUGGUUCGCAUCUACAAUGUCUACAGGAGGAGUAGCUUUUACUCUCUCUGUCCUUCCUAUCGAAUCGGACGCAAUUCUCACACUAGGAAAAGCUAUGUUUGUUAUCAACAUCAUGGUCUUUUUAGCCAUCAUCGGGCUCCUGAUCGCUCGCUUUACAAUGUACCCCGGCACAUUCACACAUUCACUUACGAACCCACACGAAGGAUUCUUUUUCGCUACAGGGUUUCUCACCAUGGCAACAAUGAUGACGAACUCUACUGCAUAUGGUAUCCCAAAUACUGGCCCUUGGCUCAUCGGUGCCCUUCGAUUAGCUUUCUGGUUAUAUACAAUUGGAGCCACACUCCUCGCCAUCGUUUACUACCAUAUCCUUUUCACUGUCAAGAAGCUUGUCAUCACCAAUGUUCUACCAGGUUGGGUUCUUCCAAUCUUCCCUGCCAUGUUGGUCGGUACCCUCGCAUCCGCCAUCGCCAAAACGCAGCCUGUAGAAUCUGCAGCACAAAUGUUGGUGGCCGGUCUCACAUUCCAAGGUCUUGGAAUGAUGUUGGCUAUUAUGAUGUAUGGAAUUUACUUCGGUAGACUUCUCACCUCUGGACUUCCUGCCGAUGCAUCUCGACCUGCUAUGUUUAUUGCAGUUGGACCUCCAUCCUUCACGGCCCUUGCACUCAUUGGUAUGGCCCAAGAUGCGACAACCACAAAGGUCUUCACCGAAUACUACAACCUUCCAGGGAUUUCCAAUCCAGCUGCAAUUCCUGAUAUGUUACAACUCGGUGCACUUUUGUCAGCAAUCUUCCUCUGGGCUCUCGCAUUUUGGUUCUUCGCCAUCGCGUCCUUCGCAGCAAUUGAAGCAUUUUCAAGAAACGACUUCCAUCUGAACUGGUAUGCCUAUGUAUUUCCAAACGUGGGAUUUACCAUUGCAACUAUAAAGAUCGGAGAAAGAUUAAACAGCCCUCCAAUACUGGGUGUCGGAACUGCAAUGGGAAUUGUGCUAUUCCUGUUAUGGAUGCUGAUUGUGUUUGCUCACAUCAAAGCUUUCUCAAAGAAGAUGAUUAUGUGGCCUGGGAAGGAUGAGGAUGCCCACUGA